AUGAAACUGAAUUCCCCAAGCGCGGACCAUUCGGUCAUUCGACUGAAGCAACCCCCACCGCUGAAAGGAGAAGCGUCCUUGCAGUUGCCCAACGCUGCUUCCGCCGCCCUCGGAACACCAUCGUGCAUUUUUAGGCGACGGCACAGGGGUGCGCGGUUCUUUGUGGCCAAGUCGGCAUCGCAACCAGAAACUCCUCCGUAUACCGUGGCGCGACAUGAUCCCAGAGAGAUCCUUUACAAUACCGCGUUGUACGCCAGUCGGUUGCGACAGGUGAGCCUGCUGGCCACAUUGCCGCCGUCCCCUCCCCGUCAGCACGCGUGGCACUGCAACAGAGUGCUUACUCAGUGCGUCGUACAGCCUAGCCAAGGUGUGCUGAGUUUUUCAUUUGUACCUGAGCGACACGCACCAGGCUACGAGACAUACGUGGCAACUCGACAGGAAGCCAAUGCAGAGUGGCGCGGUGCACGCGACGCCUCAAGCCUACGAUUUCAUCCCUUGACAACUGGUGAGAGGCGCCUCGGAGGUGCGCUUGCUGACCUGCGGCGGCAGUCACGGCAGGAAAAUUGUAUUGAGGGACCGAGAACACACGUGGUGCCUGUACCUGGGCACAUAGCCGUGCGGCCGGUGGCAGCUGCGCAGAACGGGCAUCUUUUCCCCUCGCUCUUAGAGACGGUCGGCCAACAAAGGGCAGCCUCACUACUACGAUUACGCGCCGAAGGUGCAGACAACAGUGACAGCAGCCAUGCGGUGCCGGAAGUGAAAACAGUACAACAGAAGCAAACUGGAGGACAAUCUUUAGAAAGGAAUUUACAGGGGGCCGUGGCGGUAUCCUUGAAGGACUCCGCCGGAGAGGGGACAGGCGUUCACGGGAGGACACCAGGACCGCCUACGCGUAAAGAGCUGAGUCACAACACGGAGACGCACGACUUUCAAAGAUGCAAAGAGGAGAAUCUCCAGAUUGAAGCUACUGGAGACGUUGCGAGGGGACGUGCGAACCGUCUGCUCUCGACAGCUGUCAACUGA